UCAGUGUGUUGGUGUGUAUCCGGAAAGUGUGUGGGACUGUGUGUGUGUAUGAUUUGGGUUGGACCAGCCUCUCCUCCUCCUCAAUGAGUGUGUGUGACUGUGUGAAACCACUAGGAGCAGAGAGACCCAUGUUUCCUGCAGUCAUGCACUACCAUGUUGGAUGGCACUUGGUUCUUGGGUGCCUGCUACUUGAACUACUUGGACCCUGUGUGGGGGGGGAAAGGAUACCAAAGACAAAGAGGGAGAAGGAUGUGUUUGGGCAGACUGGGAGUCAGCGUGGGGACGGGACAUCGGGUCCCCACCAGAAAGGUAUGGUGGGACGAGGAGACGUCUUUGUGGUGGACGAAGACACAGACCUGGCUGAUCCAAAUCUCCACGGAGGACACCUUAAUCCUCAGUGGAAACCCAGCAGGCAGGGCCCUAAGGACAGCCAUGAGGGCAAGCCUGAGCCCUCCUCCAAAGUCCUGGACGAGAACAUCACCACGGACAAGAAGACGGCAGACUCUGGAGGGAAGGGCAUUGGCCUGUUUCCCGGGAAACCCUCGGAUGACAUCAUUAUUGAUUUGGAUCCUGUGUCUUCCUCGAAGAAGCCUUCCAUUGUUAAGACUCCAAUAAAGACCCCCCUGGACCCGGAGCACCCAGACUUUAACCUGUUGAGGCAGGAGGUGGAGGGGCCCCAGACCCCCUCACAGACCGCCCUCGCCCCCACCUCAGUGCCCCCUGCCACCCCUAUAGAAGCUGUCACUCAGGAGAGGAGACCCACCACACAUCCCCACCCAACCUGACCCAAACCCUGACUGUGCUAUCACUGUGGAAGGAGGACCAGAGCGCUCAGGCACUGUGACCAUCGUAUCCAGAGAAGGGGACCUGGUUCUGGGCUCUGAUGGUCAGAUGUAUAGGGUCCAGAGAGGGCCCCCAGGCAGAAUGGGGCCCCCAGGAAAGGAGGGUUUUGCUGGCUUGCGUGGGUUCAAAGGUGACAAGGGCCAGCUGGGGUCUGAGGGGCGUGCAGGGCGACAGGGGGAUCCAGGCCCCCCCGGCCCACCUGGCCUGCCCUCUUUCUACCUGUGGAAGAACACUGUUGAGGAGUGGGUUACUUUUCAGCAAACCUCUUUCUACCAGUUGCUCAGCGCUGGCUGGCCUAGGGAGCAGGGACCCCCAGGACCAGCUGGGGAGAUGGGGAAGCCAGGCCCACAGGGGCCAACAGGUGAUCCUGGCCAACGAGGGCCUCCAGGAGUAAUGGGAGGAAUGGGUGAGCCGGGGCCAAAUGGCGUGGCGGGCAGAACAGGGCUCCAUGGGAAAGAUGGAGCGAAUGGGCAGGACGGUCAGCCUGGGACGCUGGGUGAUCCCGGGCGACAGGGACCCUUCGGGUACAGGGGAGACGGCGGUUCCAAGGGAGAAAAGGGGGAGGAGGGCCUUAUUGGAGCAAAGGGUCGAAGAGGCCGAAUGGGAGAACCAGGCGAGAAGGGCUCCAUUGGUUUACCAGGCCGUCGUGGUUUUGUUGGUCCACGUGGACCUCAGGGAGUCAGAGGGGCCACUGGCCCAGAGGGGCUCCCCGGCCCUGAUGGGGAGGCUGGGUUUGAUGGGCCUCCAGGGCCUCCUGGGUCAAUGGGAGCCGCUGGUUUCACAGGCUCUGUCGGCGCUCGGGGAGUUAACGGCUCAAAGGGAGAGUUGGGCCUUGUUGGAGUUGUUGGCCCCAGAGGCCCGCAGGGGCCCCAGGGUUUAGAUGGUGAGAGUGGGCCUCCAGGUCUCAGGGGAAUUCAGGGACAGCUUGGGAUGAGUGGUGCCGCUGGUCCGAAAGGUGACCCUGGACCAAUGGGGACGAUGGGUAUCCGGGGUGAGCUAGGGUUCGAGGGGCCCAUGGGCCCACUGGGAAUACAAGGUCCAAUGGGUUUCCCUGGUAUUACUGGAAAAAGAGGACCAGACGGGGAUAAGGGAGACCCUGGACCAAAGGGGGAGAGAGGUGUUCAGGGUGCUUCGGGUAUCCAAGGGCCUCAGGGAGAGAGGGGUCCCAGUGGCCCCCCUGGCUUUACAGGGCUCAAAGGUCAAUCUGGCACUAAAGGCAUUGAGGGAGAGAAUGGAGAAACUGGCCCUCAGGGAAAACUGGGCAGAGAGGGGCUGAAGGGGAAUAGAGGGACAGAUGGGCGCAACGGCAAGCCUGGACACAGAGGGAACAAGGGUCGCGUGGGUCAGAGAGGGAAUGUUGGCCAGCCUGGUCAACCGGGCUUGCCAGGCCCUCCCGGGACAGAGGGAUCAGAAGGAAAGCCUGGUACACAGGGUCUCUCUGGUUCGGUGGCAAUAGCUGGCAGUAAAGGCCUAAAGGGAUUCCAGGGCAUUGCUGGAGAGCCAGGUCCAGACGGCCCCUCAGGACCUCCGGGCACACCUGGACGGAUAGGACCAACAGGUAUCCCUGGGCCGCUGGGAGAGAGGGGCUUCACUGGGAAGGAAGGUGUGGAGGGCCCUCAGGGCUCAGUAGGCACGUAUGGUUUCCCGGGUAACGUGGGAAUGCGUGGUACAACUGGUCACAUGGGAGAGAGGGGAGAGACAGGUGUGAGAGGCCUGCCUGGUCCUUCUGGGAAGCCUGGACCUCCAGGUUUAUCAGGACUUCCUGGGGAGAGAGGCCCUCCAGGACCUCAGGGUCGGCUGGGGGAUCUGGGACCCACAGGGUCAGAGGGCCUACAGGGACCCCCGGGUCUGCAGGGUUCAGAUGGAGGGACAGGGAAGCCGGGGCCCAGGGGAAGCAGAGGGCCUCCGGGGACACAAGGUCCUGGCGGACCAGCAGGAACCCCAGGAAUUUCAGGUGCUGGUGGACUCAUAGGACCAGCAGGGGAAAGAGGAGAAAUGGGUAUGCUGGGACCUCCUGGUGAUCUCGGUCCUUCGGGACUGGAUGGGGAACAGGGUACUCCUGGCCAAUCAGGGUUAGAGGGGCCACCAGGAACGAAAGGGGAACAGGGGGACCUAGGGCCUUGUGGGAAGUUUGGUCCUCCAGGGCAGCCCGGAGAUCGAGGUCUACAGGGGCUCAAAGGGUUGCAAGGCUCUCAUGGACAAAUGGGAAAAGAGGGUGAUGUCGGACCUACUGGCGAUGCUGGUGGUCCAGGUUUCAAAGGGGAGAAGGGUGAUGUGGGACCUCUGGGGCCAACAGGGCGGAAUGGUCCAUGGGGGGCGCUGGGGGAGAAUGGGGAGAAGGGACCAAAGGGAGAAAAGGCCCAUAUCGGACUUAUGGGUCAGCCAGGAUUUAUGGGAGAAAUAGGACCCGCAGGCUUGUCAGGGCUACAGGGUAUCAUGGGCCCCAGGGGGCCUCCAGGGCCAGAUGGACCUGAAGGAGAGAAGGGCCAGUCUGGGUCUGGCGGAACCAUCGGACAACCUGGCAGAAUAGGGCCUCCGGGGGUGGCUGGAGUCUCAGGGGUCAGAGGUGACCCGGGGAAGCCAGGAGCACAGGGUCCAGUUGGGAAGGUUGGGCCUGAGGGAGACUUGGGCCAUAAAGGUGAGCCAGGGCCAGACGGAGACAAAGGGGAGCCAGGGGAAUCAAGCGAGCCAGGAGAACAGGGGCUCGACGGUCUGCCGGGCAUCAGAGGGCCACCAGCACUUCCUGGUUUAGAGGGGCCACAGGGUGAAGUGGGAGCCCAGGGGCCAGAAGGUCCCCUUGGGGUGCUGGGUGUCAGGGGAAGCCAAGGACCUGAGGGACAACAGGGACUGAAAGGAGAGAAGGGAGAUGACGGCAGAGAUGGAUCACCUGGAAAGACAGGUCACAUCGGAAGGAGGGGCAAAAGAGGCAAGGCUGGAAUCAGGGGCACAAGAGGAGAGAGGGGACCAAAGGGGAAAAGGGGAAAUGUGGGAUUGAUUGGUCAUCCAGGAUGGGCAGGGUCUAUAGGAAUCCCAGGCUCGCGAGGAGACGGAGGGCAUCAGGGUGACAAAGGGAGCAAGGGAGAGAAAGGGGACAUAGGGCCGCUCGGUCCGCCAGGGGGUGAUGGCCUAAAGGGUAGUCAGGGUCCUGUUGGGGUGCCAGGACAGACAGGCCCAAAGGGAGAUCAGGGGAAUAUCGGACCUUCUGGGCCAAGAGGAACACCUGGGAUGCCAGGACUACCUGGUUUGUUUGGAGAAAAGGGUUUGAAAGGAUUUGAGGGAUAUCCUGGGGAACCUGGUAAGAGGGGCCUGCCGGGGGCACCUGGACUCCCAGGACUUCCAGGUCCUUCAGUGAAUCUGACCCUCACUCAACUCAAGGCAAGUCAUUCAUCUUCGGCAAGUAGGACUGUGUCCCAAAAUGAAGUGGUGGAAGGAAUAACUCCAUAA